AUGAAUUCAGACAAUGCUAAAAAUAAGAAUGUUGACCUUUGGUCAGUAGGAAAAUGUGUAUUUUGUAAAGAAAAAGUAGAGGAAGAUUCAAAAAUCUUGAAAUGUCUUCAUAUUAUUUGUAAAGAUUGCACUAAGAGAGAAGUUACUGAUUUAGGUGUGAGGUGCAAAUGUAAAAUAGUGACUAAAGGUGAACUUAUUGAUUACUCGACUGAGCCACUAAAUAAACCACAAGUAAAGUUAUGUUGUGAAACAUAUUGUCAAGAAAUAGCAAAGAAAAUCUGCUUGUAUUGCAAAAGCAUGUAUUGCAAACCAUGUUCAAAGAUACAUCCAAUUAAGAAUAAAGAUCAUGACCCUGCCUUAAUAAAGACUUAUCCAUUAAAAAAAGAAUUUCUUCCAUGUCCAAAAUGUAUGAAAAAAUGUGUAGAAUUAUUUUGUAUGAAAUGUUUACAAAUAAAUUGUUCUCUUUGUCAUUUAUUGCAUCAUAAGAAACAUAAUUUCAAAGUUCUUUCCACAAUGGCCACCGAAACCAAGGCAGAAUUCCAAACGUUACUAAUUAAAAUAAGCAAAGAUAACAAUAAUUUAAAAUGUCGGAUGCGAAGGUUAGAUGAAAAUAUCGACAAAUUGAUGUCUGAGAAGAAGGAAAUUAAUGACAAAAUUGAUAAAAGUAUCAUUGUGUUACAUAAAGAAAUUGAUAAACGCUCAUUUGAACUAAAAAAAAUACUUGAAACACAUAUUGCAAAUGCUGUUAAUAGUAUUAAUAUAAGUAAAGAGGUUCUUAAUGGUUUUAAAAAAGAAAAUGAAUAUUAUCAUAGUUUAACAAGCUCUGUUAUCAAUCAUAAUAAAACAUUUGGAUACAUUCAACUUUCAAAAAUUUUCAAGGAUAAAAUGGCCAUUGCUAGUAGCCAAAUCCAACACAUACCUAAAGAAACAGCAAAUUGUAAAGCUAAAUUGGUAUACAAUGAUGAGCACUCUAUGAGAAAAUGUGUAGAAGCAAUUCAAGGAAUGGAAAAUAUUAUUUCAUCAGCAGCUGUUAAUUUAUCAGUAUUUAAAAACACAGUGGACUCAAAUAAUGUUGUCCCGCUCUCCGAGCUCUAG